GUCUUCGUCCUCCCCCCCACCCCCCUUCCCCAGAUCAAAAUUAAUUUCAUAAAUCGCCGGUUUAUACACCUUUAUCCGCCGCCAACAGACUUCCACGCAGCCAACAUGGAUGACGCAAAAGAGCCCCGGGUCUCCACGGAGGGAGCGCAGGAAGGGUCGUUCGCCGUCCCCGAAACCCCAGCGGGGAGCAGGACUAGCAAGGCGUCGAAACGGCCUACACUGCGCAGAGGCAGCUCCUUCACGUUUCUCACCCCUGGACCUCAGUGGGAUUUCUCCCUGAAGAGGAAGCGCCGGGAGAAGGAGGAGGAUGCCGUCAGCCUGUGCAGUUUUGAUUUCAAAGAACCGUGUAAUAAGCGUGUGCGACCGCUGGGCAGGGUGACGUCACUCGCCAACCUGAUCUCCCCCGUCAGAAAUGGGGCCGUCCGGCGUUUCGGACAGACCAUCCAGUCCAUCUCCUUCCGAGGUGACGGCAAGUCCCCGGGCAUGGCCCAGAAGCCCUGCAGCAAGGCAGCGGCACCCACUCCCCCCAAGAGGAGGAACAGCACGCUGUGGUCCGAGACCCUGAACGUGCACCAAAAAGGCACCUUUUCUGCCAAGGAGAUAAAGAGGCAGGAGGCCAUACAUGAGCUGUCUCGGGGGGAGCAGGACCUGAUUGACGACCUGAAGCUUGCACGGAAGGCGUAUCACGACCCAAUGCUCAAGCUGUCAAUCAUGUCAGAGGAGGAGCUGAGCCACAUAUUUGGUGACCUGGACGCAUACAUCCCCCUCCAUGAGGACCUGCUGACUCAGUUGGCAAAGGCCACCCGCCCUGACGGCACCGUGGAGCAGAUCGGACACAUUGUGGUCAACUGGCUGCCCCGCCUCAACGCCUACCGCGACUACUGCAGCCGGCAGCUGGCCGCCAAGGCACUGCUGGACCAGAAGAAACAGGACCCACGUGUGCAGGACUUCCUGCAGCGCUGCCUGGAGUCGCCCUUCAGCCGCAAGCUGGACCUAUGGAGUUUCCUGGACGUGCCGCGCUCCCGCCUGGUCAAGUACCCUCUGCUGCUGAAGGAGAUCCUGCGGCACACGGCCCCCGAGCACCCCGAUGCAGCCGCCCUGGAGCGUGCGAUCUCCAUCAUCCAGACGGUGCUGUCCGACAUCGACGUGAAGAAGGGCGAGAGCGAGAGCCAGUACUACAUAGACAAGUUGGAGUUCCUGGACGAGCGGCAGCGGGACCCGCGGCUGGCACAGUGCCGCACCCUGCUGUGCCACGGCGAGCUGCGGGGCAAGGGCGGCACGAAGCUGCACGUUUUCCUGUUCACGGAGCUACUGGUUCUGACCCGGCCCGUGAUGCGGGGAGAACGCCAGUGUUUCCAGGUGUACCGGCAGCCCAUCCCGGUCCAGAACCUGGUUCUGGAAGACCUGCAGGACGGGGACGUGCGCAUGGGGGGCUCCUUCAGGGGGGCCUUUGGCAAUGCGGAGAGAGCAAAGAACAUCUUCCGCGUGCGCUUUCGGGACCCCUCGCAGGGCCAGUCCCACACCCUCCAAGUCAACGACGUCUUCCACAAGCAGCAGUGGCUAAACUGCCUCCGUAGCGCCAUGGCCGUCCAGCAGGGGGACCCGGAGACGCAGGACCCCGCCCAGGUAACCGAGUCCAAGUGUUGCCCUUCGGAUGGCCCCGCCCACACUCCCAUGGAUGAGAUCGAUGAGAACUGUCCGGAGGCUGCCGACUCCGCCCCUGACUCCGCCCCCAGCUCCCCCCAGGCAGUGGAGCCCCAGAACACACAGACUGCCAAGGCGACUGGGAAAAGUGUCCCAAAAACCAAAAAGGAGAAGAAGUCUCAGAGCUCUCUGGGAAAGAGGAAGGAGACCAUGGUGUAGCAUUCUGGAUGAAACCCCAGUAGAAGGCGCGGGGUCUUCAUGAACUCUGCUCCGCGUGUCAGACUGCUCGGACACCAUGGCCAAAAAUGGCAGCUAUAUCCAGUCAGUGAUCCACACCGGGCGCUGGACUAAGGAGGGAGGUGUCCCAGAUGGGGGCCGCCCGGGGGCAGGGGGACAGAUACACGGGCCGUCUGCCACCCCUGUCUCGUAUAAAAGCAUUAUUAUUUUAAGGCAAUUGUUUUGUAAGUAAAAGUUUGAGAUUUUUAUAUUUUCCAAAAAAAAGAAGAAACAUUACUGUAGCUCUUUGUUUCAUCUAACAGCACUGGUUUAGUAUUUAUAGGUAUUUUUACAGUCAUAUUGGAAAUUGUUAAAUCAAAUACUGAUGGAAGUUUCCAAAUUGUUGGAAAAAAGAUGCUUUGUAGAGUCUGAUUUGAAGCUGAGAUUGCUGGAUGUCAAGUCUUACUUUGUACAUUCCCCGUUCACAUAUUUCUGUGGGCUUCAGCAAGGCCUUUCCCAUAAUGCAUGGCAGUUCAUUUAAAAAAAUGUAAGCAGAAGUAGGUUUUAAGGUAUUUUAGUCUCUUUUUACUCGUGUAAAAUGUGAACCUGAACCAUGUUGGUUUCUUGUUGCCAUCUUGUUUCCAGUGUCAUGGGUCAUUUUUCAGCGUGGGGGUCCUUCGUAGGGCCAUAAGGAAGCAGGAGCUGGAAGCAGAAUGUUGUCUGGAGGGUUUGAGGAAUGUGGAGAAAAGCAAGUCUAUGGGUUUGGGUAGGAACAGCACAAGCUGGGUCUCAACCUAGGCUCUGGGGAAGUCCUAGAGAAUAUCUAGCCGGCUCCAGAGUCUUGGUCAGACGUGUAGGAGAGAAGUGCUGAACUUUAGGUGGUUUGUAGCAUGUAGGGGUAGAGUAGAGUAUAGCGCAGAAUGAACCGGAACGUUCAAAUGGAAGAUGUGGCUGGGUUAGUUUGUAUAGAAUUAUGGGGAAGUCCAGGCUUUGAAGACGCAGUUCAUAUAUCCUGUGUAUGUGGUGUAAAGUGCUUAAAGAAUAAAGGUGUGUAAGAUUUGCAUCUGA